ACACAUGUCGUGGGGCCUGCAGCCUGCAUACCAUGUAUCUUCCACCUGAACACCAACCACGCGUACGAAGACGUUCAUAACAUAGCAAGACUCGCUAUACAAUCCGAAAACCAUGGCAACCAAAGCAUAUGACGCGUCUAAUCUGAAAGCAUAUGGCAGUGCUGCUGCUGGUCACGAUGGUGUCCUCAGCGACGAGUCUGGUGGUGUAGUAGUAAAGCCCUGCACCCUUGCAGAGAUCAACUUCUACGAGUCCCUCACCGACCACCCGGACCUCGCGCGUCACCUCCCCACCUUCAUGGGCCAACUCUCCCUCUCAGCCGACCAAGCCGCCGCUACCGAGUCUGUCGAAAGCGGCACCAUACAAACGGCCGACGGUACAAUUGAGCGUUUGCAUGGCAAGAAACUCGCUACAGAUCUUCACAUCGUGCUAGAGAAUAUUACACAUGGGUUCAAGAAACCGAAUGUUCUGGAUCUGAAGCUUGGCGCGCAGCUGUGGGAUGAGGCUGCGAAGCCGGAGAAAAGAGCGCGUCUAGAUGCCGUAAGCAAGGAGACCACAAGCGGCAGUCUAGGGUUUAGGAUAGCGGGUAUGCGCACGUACAAGGGUAGUGAUGUACCCGACAUCCCCGAAGACCUGAAGGAGUAUGUGGAAACGGACAAGGAAGACGGAUAUUGGGUGUACAACAAGAUGUAUGGACGCAAAUUCAGCGCUGAGAACGUGAGUGAAGGCUUCACAGACUACAUCUUCCCUGGUGCAAAGUCAGAAGCAGAGCUCGAUCGGGCGAGGGAGGUGCUCGCCUACUUUCUGGGAGAGGUCAAGGACAUCCAAGAGGUUUUUGAAAGCAAAGAGAGCAGGAUGUACAGCGCAAGCAUACUACUGGUAUAUGAGGGUGACGUAGACGAGUACGCAAAUACCAAGCAGAAGCUACGAUCUGCACAUCUGGAAGAUGAGGAUGAAGACGAUGAAGAGACUCUGCCUAAAUUGGCCGAAGUCAAGAUGAUUGACUUUGCGCACGCGACAUGGACACCGGGGCAAGGGCCGGAUGAGAAUGCGCUGCAAGGUAUGAGGAGCACGGCAAAGAUAUUGAAAGAGCUGUUGGACAAGGCGCAGCAUGACUAGGGGCAGAUGAAUAGUUCAUUUGGUGGAAGUGCAAUGUAUAGACGAAGCAUAUCUGUGAGUACAGCUUCGACGUUAUGGUCAAUCGAACCAUUGCCCGUCGACCUCUUAUUGUUUCAACGGUUUUGAUUUUUGAGCAUACCACCUAGAAAGCCAGCGCACUGUCGCUGAGGAUGAUGAUUGAACACGUGGCACUUAUACUAUCAUAAUCCCUCUCCAUGUAGAAGCAGAUGUGGAACAUGUGUCACAGACACGAUAAUUGAUAGAGGCAAUCAGAUCCCCAGUAGUGUCUCUUC